UAAUGACACCAUUUAUUUGCUUCCCCUGCCUGCCUUCUUCCCCCUUCCAUCUCCCACCACUCACUCUCUGUGUGUAAAGGGGGCCAGAGAGAUCGGAGAUGGAGAAAAGCAGGUCAUUUCCGUCGGCGAGCUACAGCAGCGGCUUCGGGCGGGAGGAGGAGCGGGAGAAGAGCCACUCCUACAGCUUCAACGGGCCGAGGAAGGGGCCAAGCGAGCCGGAGCUAAAGCGGAAACGCCGCGUGGCCGCCUACAACAUCCUCACCAUGGAAGGCAAGCUCAAAUCCUCCGUCAGAUCCAGCUUUAAGUGGAUCAAAUCCAAGUUCUCCGAUCUCCGUUAGUCCUCAUUAAUUUCUUCCCUGUAUCUCUCUCUGUCUCUCUCUGCUUGAUGCUAUGUUAUGCAUGAGAAUUAUAUGUUCUUGAUAUGGUUUGGGGACUUCAUAAUUGUUGUAUUAUUGCUGCUGCUCAUCAAAAGUAUGUAUGAUUAUAUAAGUUUUAGGGUCAGAUUUAUGAUU